CGCGCGCACACCAUUCUCGUUCUCAUCUCCAGUCUCCAGUUUGUUCUUGUUGUUGUGCAAGGCGUUCGCCGUUCGUUCUCCUCGACACUCGACACGACAGCCGGAAAGCCAUCUUACAAAUUAUUAUAAAGGUAAUUUGGUCACUGGUUUAUUUAUUACCGCGGGUGCUCUACGAAAAAGAAUAGUGGACCCGUUCUGCGUUCAGAUAUGGAAAAUAAACAAUGGAAAGUCGUCAAAUUUAACAAUGAAGACGAGGGCGAUAGUGUUGAGGUUGUACCCUUGUCCUGGAUUACUGGGACCGAUUGUUUUUGGCCUCCAUUUGACAACAGGAGGGACGUAGAAAGUGCUAUGAAACAUUGCUUAUCACCGCAGGAAAACAGCUGGCGAAAGUAUACAGGCGUUCAAAGUUCAAGCAGAACUUACGACAAAUUCGCAACGGCAUCUUCACGUGCUAACAAAGUUAUUGCUAAUUCCGAAAUCGACAGCAGCGGAUCUGAAAAAUUGCCGAAAAAACGACUUGUUAAAAUGAAUCCUUUGUAUGCAAAAAAUUAUUUUUUGAACAGCAAUGAGACAUCUGAAGAUGAAGCCGAAAUAAAUGUUGAAAUACCAAAAUUUCCAACGUUGUCGACGAACACCAAAUUAAAUAAAGGCUUACCUUCUAAGAAGGCAUCCAAAGGCCUUACAAAAACAAAUGGAGCGAACACAUCUGGAGUCACCAAAAAUACGAAUGAGAAAAAACUCGAUUAUCGAAAAUCUCAUAGUCAGAAAGUCGGCUCAAAUAGUAGUAAUAAUGAAUUACCGUCUAAUCUUGCCGGAAAAAACAAUGCAGUUCAGGAAAAAAUAGUUUUCGAAGAGGAGCAGUGUGAAGAUGAAGAAUACCUUCCUUGUGACGAUGAACAUAUUUCUGACAGUGAGGCUAGUAGUAUUUCAUCAAAACAUGAUAGUCAAACCGUGGAUGACAAAAAUGUUCUACAUAGUAAGAAGGCGAAUAGAACAGACGCCGCAGCAUUAGUAGAAACGGAUGAAUUGGACAACAACAGUAGUGUGCUUAAGAAAUUAGUGAGACAAACAAUUAUUAAUAAUAAAUUAAUAAAAAAACAAAAUGCUAUGUUGAAAGAGCUGAUCAGCAAGCUCAAUGUUGCGGGUCUGAAUAAUAUGGAUCCUGAUGAGGAAGUAUUGUCGCAGCAGUUUAAGAAUACCUUUCCUAUAAAAGAAGACGAGAAUCUCGAUAGUACAAAUCAAAUUUUAAGUGAGGAAGAAAAAUUUUACAAGUACGCGUUAAAAAUGGUAUCUCUAGAAGGUGGCCAUAGCGUUAGCGAAUGUGUAAGAAAAGUCAUGACAGUUGUUAUUGAUGAUAACCUGGCGAAUAGCUACAGUUUUAAGGGACAUAAAGCUAAAAAGAAUUUCAGCAAGUACAAACAUCUGGUAUCAUUAAUCAUAGAUAGCGUAAGAAGUCAUAUUCCGACAGCAACAACAAAAGAGAUGCAGGAUCAAAUAGCGAUUUGGCUGACCAAAUCGAGGAGACGGAUGGAAGCAGCACUCCAGGACUAGUACCAAAUACAAAUACUACAUAUUUACCAAGGAAUGUCUAUUAAUUUCUAUAUACGCAUUAUUGUUUGAUAACUUACGAAAAAAUUAGUAAGUGCCUUAUUUUAUUUUGAUAUAUUGAGCAAAUAAUUUGUUUUUAUUUUUAUAUAUUGGCAUUAAUAACUUACUAAAGAAUUAAUAAUGGCCAAUUGCACCAACCAUUUUAAGGAAGCCUUAACGAUAAGUAUUCCUUAAAAUGACAGUUUUGCAUAAGGAAAUGUCACUUUAAGGAAUAGUUAUCGUUAAGGCUUCCUUAAAAUGGUCAGUGCAAUCGGCCAUAAAGGGCCUUAUUUUAUUUUAUAUAUUUGCCAAGGAAUUUGUUUUUAUUUUUAUAUAAAGGCAUAAUUACCAUACUAAAGAAUUAGUAAGUGGCUUAUAUUUUAUUUUAUAUAUUUACCAAAGAAUUUGUUUUUAUUUUUAUAUAGGC